AUGAGGAACAGAGAGACAGUAGACGAAACAUGCUGUUACUGUCGUUCCGCAUGGGAUGGCAUGGGGCGUUCUGUGGUUGAGGAUGCGCAGCAGAAACAGCUUAUAGAUGUCCAAGCCAUGGGAUAUCCCGCGUACCUUGGCUGCAAGCGGCCGCCGGGCGCUAAUGUUCGGGCCAGAGCUAUUCCGAUAUCGUUUCCUUUGCUCCAACACGACCGCUCCAACACGAUCGCAACGAGGGUCAGACGCAACAACAUAGCCUAUCAUACGUCUCCUCGCUUCACCUUUCUGCCUUGCACCGCAAUCAAGUUCCGUGUCAAUAGCACUCAGGAGCCUUGCCCAAUCGCGAUUCGGCAGUCAACUGCACUGAGCGCUGGAACGUGCGCCUCGCCGGGGCGGGUGGGGUUUCCUUUCGAUAGCUCGAUUGCCGCGGUUCCUCGUCUCCUCGCAAACUUCAGUCUGUCGACACCGAGCUGUUGGAGCUGGGAUGUCAACGACCAGUCUCCUGUUUUCGUCGCUGGCAUUGGCAGAUCAGAAGCACGCGCAAUGGUCCUGGCGUUUGAUCAAAAUAGCUCCAGUGUCCAUAGUGCGCGGAGUUUCCAGUGCGAGCCUUCUGUUAUCCGUCUUCUUGUUAUGGCCGAGCGCCAAGCGACAACACAACACAACCGCGUCCCCGCCGUUCGUUCUGGAUGUAGAAGCCCCUGGCGAUCGUUCACUCAAACCGGUCAUCCAAACCGUGCCUUCGCUUCGUUCAGGUGUGGCAACGGUUUAGCAUUGGUCCAGCAUUGCGGCAUAGGCCUUCGAUGCCCACCUGCAUGCUUUAGUUGGUUCCGAAGAAGCAUCUCUGCAAUGCACGCCGUGCAGACAAAGGAAGUCAGGUGAGAGGCAAGUCGAGGCCGUGGACGGCUGCAAGAAUAGCUGCGAGACAUCUUAACAGAGCAGUCUCCCUUCGCCAAAAUCCAACGAAACUGAUUGCGGAUACCAUCACCUUA